AUGAUCGUUUCUUUGACCACCCUCGUUUUCCUCUGCGCCACCGCAAACGCGCUCCAGGCGGUGCCGUUUCUCUUUGCGUCGCACCGGCUCGUGCGGGGGCUCAAAGACGAGGUGUUGCAGCCCAACACGCGGCCGCAGGCGCCGGCGCUGGUGACCAACUUGGUCAAGAAAGCCGUCACCGAGUGCUCGUCCGACGUGUACGUGCUCCUCAACGUGCCUGGCUUGCAGAACACAGACUUGCUCUCGAAGCGCAAGGCCGAGUGGCGGCACCUCCAAAACUACCUCCACAUGGCGUCGUCCGUGGUGGGCUUGCCGUGGGUCGACGGCACGUUGGACCUCGGCUUUUUGGAGGAGUACAUUGUGCGCACGUGCAAGGCCGAGUCCGUGCGCUCGUUCCACAGCGACGAGCACGUGGGCGAAUACAUCGACACGCGGAAACGCGUGAUCCGCGUCGAGGCCAACGCGCUCCCAGGCCCGGGGCCCGAGCGCCUUGCGGCCUUGGCGGACGUCGACGACUUGGUGCGCAAAAUCCUCCGCAAGGCGCCGUCGCCCCACUACACGCUUGUGGUCACGUCGGACGAGGUGGCGCCCGUGCACCCGGUGCCCGAGCUGGCGGUGGCCGCGGACCCGGCCCGUUUCGAGCUAUUCCACGACGUGGUCAACGACCCGAGACGGGCCGAGGAGCGCGAGCGCAACUCGCACAUGUACCGGGACGUGGAGCCCUUCUGGAACGAGGGCCCGGGCCCGGCCGAGUUGUACACACAGCGGAAAAAGCAAGACGAAGUACAUCUCCUGGACCCUGAGCUCUGGCGGAAGCACGAGAAGUUGGUCAUGACCGUGGUGUUGAUGGUGGCGUCCGUGGCGUUCAUGCAGACCCUCAGCUUUGGCCGCUGGCUCCGCGAGAAGCUUGUUUCGCCGAAACAGAAGCGGAUGUGA